AGGUGGAGACGCCGAGGCGAGCGCGAGCGAACAAUGAAAGAGCUGGCUCGUUGUGUCAAAGGAGUGGCGAACUGUUGUGAACGCUGGUGGAAAACCAAGUCCUCAAGUAACGGACCCAUCUCGCCUGCUGCACAUUAAACUAAAUGGAGCCGCCGAGUGAAUGGGUUUACAGGUGGAAGAACAUGUAGUUUCACCCGCAUACUGAAAGGAGCACUGUCAAUGAAAGGACCUGCAUGUAACAGUGAGAUGCUUAUUUGGGUCAGGCAGACCCCCAGAAGAGCAGAAGAUAAACACGCACCCGUCUCCCGCUGUCUCGCAGGUUGAGACGGUGUGUGCUCUACACAGACGAAUAGAACAGAAUUGGAGAACCUUUUUUCACUGUUCAGCUGCAAAAGGCAUCCCUUCAUCGCUGACGAGCCAGGAGCUAAUUCUCUACCUUGCCAAAGAACAGCCUGAAACAUAGACGCGCCUUUACGCACGAAAACAACAAACAACAAACAGACACUGUAACGAAGCGGAGUUUUUACGUUUUUGAGACAGAUUAUAGCACAGGUUUUCAUCAGAAGCCCAGAUAAAAUCUCGAAGUUCUGCAACACUUGGAAGGAAACCUCAUGUAGUAUGUUUGUGUCAUGUGCUUUUCUCUCCAAGUCCAAUUCUAAUUGAUCAGAAGAGCAUCCAUUCUGUUAAUCGCUAUUGGCACUGGUGGUUCAAUCGGUCAGAGGCGGAGCGCAGGUGCUCUGCUUGCUGCGCGAUGCAGGACCAUGGAGAAGAGAGACAGGUGGCCCGCAGCCUGCCACACAGCGUCAAGGCCAGCCUGUCUAUGUCCCCGUCCGGGCGUGUGGGCAGCGGAGGGUCACCCACCUCCAAGGUGGGCUACAGUGGAGGGGUACCAGUCGAGGACAUGCAGGCCCUGGCCAUCACCACCCUCUCAGCCGCGGAUGUAGCCAAGCACUACGAGCACAUCCGCGAGCUGGGCAAGGGCACCUAUGGGAAGGUGGACUUAGUGGCACACCGCACACAGGGCACCAAAAUGGCUCUGAAGUUUGUCACCAAGAACAAGACGAAGCUGAAAAGCUUCCUGAGAGAGUUCAGCCUCACAGGCACCCUGGGUUGCAGUCCCUUCAUCAUCAAGGUGCUGGACGUCCUCUUUGAGACUGAGGACAGCUACGUGUUUGGACAGGAGUACGCCCCCGCCGGAGACCUGUUUGACAUUAUCCCCCCCCAGGUGGGUCUUCCAGAGGAGAUGGUUAAGCGCUGUAUGCAGCAGUUGGGUCUGGCUCUGGACUUCAUGCACAGUAAGAGCCUGGUGCACCGCGACGUCAAGCCCGAGAACGUGCUGCUGUUCGACCGCGAGUGCCGGCGGGUCAAGCUUGCCGACUUUGGCAUGACGCGGCGUGUGGGUUGCCGGGUGAAGCGUGUGAGCGGCACCAUCCCCUACACGGCGCCGGAGGUGUGCCGUGCCAGCCGGGCCGACGGCUUCCUCGUGACCACCAGCUUGGACGUGUGGGCGUUUGGCGUGCUGGUCUUCUGCAUGCUGACGGGAAACUUCCCCUGGGAGGCCGCCCUGCCUUCCGACGCCUUCUACGAGGAGUUCCGGCGCUGGCAGAGGGCGGGGUGUCCCACGAGCGCCUACCCGUCUCAGUGGCGGCGUUUCACGGACGACGCCCUGCGCAUGUUCCAGAGGCUUCUGGCCGCCGAGCCGGAAAAACGCUGCGGAGUGAAGGACGUCUUCUGCUUUGUCAAGUACGAGCUGGUCAGCGAGCUGCGCCGCCGGGCUUCCUGUCGGGCCAAGAGGAGCGAGAGGUCCAACUCCGGCGUGUGUCCUGGGAGCUGCGUGACCUCUUCGUCCUCCUCCUCUUCCUCCUCCUCGUUACGCUCCUCCCACAGACACCCGGAGCCCUCCACGCCGCCGGGGACGGCGUGCCUCCGCCCGGCACCGCUCAAGCGGAGCGUCUUGUCCGAUCCGCUCUCCUCCAGAGACGACUCCGGGCAGCACCACUCGCCGGGCCGAGACAAGGCCAAGAGCCAGAUGGUGAUGGCGACCGCCAUUGAGAUCUGCGUUUGAGGUUAGCAGGAAGAGCGGCGGGGGUUUUGUGGGUUUGCCGAGAAAAAGUGACGAUAAGUCAAAUCAAAUCAAAUCAAAUUUAUUUGUAUAGCCCUUUUUACACGCAAGCAUGUCACAGAGGGCUUCACAUG